AUGGAGCUGCAACAUAUCCACUGUGUGACCUGCCUGAGUCAGAGGUGCAUGACCAGGCCUGAACCUGGUAUCUCCUGUGACCUGGUCACCUGCCCCUUGGUCUGCGGGGCCAUCUUCCACACCUGCAAAGGACCCGAGCACCGCCUCCUCUGCCCCCUGGAGAGGGUGCCCUGCCUGAACAGUGGCUUUGGCUGCCCUGCCACCCUGGUGCGGACACGGAUUCCCGCGCACCUGCAGGUGUGUCCAGCGGGCGUGGUGUGCUGCACCAUGGAGUGGAACAGGUGGCCGAUCAGCUGCCUGGACUACACCUCAUACGAGAGCCUGAGUUGGGGGGUGGAGGAGACAGAGCAGCUGGACAUGGCGCUCGCCCUGCAGGACCAACACACGCUGAUCGAGUCCCUCAAGGUGGUCGCCAUGGCGCCCACAGUCGAAAGACAGCCAGCUGUUGUCGCCAUAGAGAGCGAGAGUGAGAAGGACACUGCUUCGGACGCAGCUGUGCUGGUGGUGGCCGACCCUAUAGCUGCCACAUCUGAGUCAUCAUCGGUGUCAUUGACGACACAGUCAUCACCGUCAUUGACGACGCAGUCAUCACCGUCAUUGACGACGCAGUCAUCACCGUCAUUGACGACGCAGUCAUCACCGUCAUUGUCGACGCAGUCACCACCACCACCAUUGACGACGCAGUCACCACCACCACCAUUGACGGCACAGUCACCACCACCACCAUUGACGGCGCAGUCACCACCACCACCAUUGACGGCGCAGUCACCACCACCACCAUUGACGGCGCAGUCACCACCACCACCAUUGACGGCGCAGUCACCACCACCACCAUUGACGGCGCAGUCACCACCACCACCAUUGACGGCGCAGUCACCACCACCACCAUUGAUGGCGCAGUCACCACCACCACCAUUGACGGCGCAGUCACCACCACUUGGUUCAGCGAAGGAUAAAAUUGCCAACGGAAUAAACGGUUUGAAUGAGGAGCGGUAUAGCAAGCUGUACGAGGCCACGGUGGAGACGGCGAGGAGCCUUGCUGCCGCGUUGGACGUCCUCAGCAGCGCUAACAGCUCUGACAACAACACAGAGCAACGCAUCAACAUCAACGGAGGAGCAGUGCUGGAGCCUCAGCGUAGGGAGAACAGCAGUGACAGGAACGAGGAGCUGCUGCUUCACAACAGGUUGGAGGCCAAAGGUCCUGUAGCUGAGGGUGUGGAUUUGAAGGAAUGCUACGGACAGCUGCACCAACUCCACCAGGCUACAGUCCAGCUAAGGAGGAGCCUGGUAACAGCCCUGGGUGACCUCGGCAACACAGUCAAAUACACAGACCCAAUCAACGGAGCCCCCUCUCACCCGCAGGCGGAGCCUAACGGCAGCUCCCACCAAUUGGAAGAUUCGGACUCAAUGAACGUUGAGAUGAAAGAUGCUGAGGCAGGGUCAUCAGUCAGACCGCUGAAAGCGGUCAGCAGAACCGACAGUGAGGUUGCCAUGAACGUCGUUGCCGAUGGAAACAUGCAGAUGGAGAUUUUAUGUGGGGCCUCAAAGAGUGUUGAGGGGAUGGAUGGACAGAGCCUAGGUUCAGAUUCAGCAGACCAGCAACAGCCUGGAACCAGUUGGUCCUCCAGUGAAUCAGUAUGCCCAGUCAAGGUGCAAGAUUACUUGAAUCCGUCACCUGUGCCUCAGGGGUCCUGUGGGUCUCGGCCACAACCCCAGUCUCACCCAGACCCUCCACUAGCACCACCCCUGCAUAUCAACCAGGGUAUUGCACACAGGGCCAGCCACGUGGUCCUAGAGGACAGAGGGCUGGAGAGGAAGUUCCAGAACCACCAGUUGCUCAGAGGCUUGGGCCAGUUUGCUCUGUCCAACGGACGGAGGGUCCGGGUUAGGUUUAGACCCAAAAUGGAGGACAAAGCGGUGGAUACGUCAGACCUGGAGCAGGAGGACGACCCCAUGGGCCUGGGGGAGAUUGACCUGAUCACCGCAGCCCUCCUCUUCUGCCUUGAGGAGUCCCGCAAGUGCCGCAGAAUCUCUGAAACGACCUACGUAGACGGCUUCCACGUCGACUUCGGCACGCAGACCUUCACUUUCCCAGCGGCCAUCUUGGUGACCAGCACAAGGGUGGGCGACGUGGCAUCUGCGGCUGCCUGCGACCACGCGCCCCAACUCUCCUACCCCAGCCCCUUCCGCACCCUCCGCCUGGACCUGGUUCUAGAGGAGGUUCCACAGAUCCGGAACAUGCCAUGUAAUCGGCUCCAGCAAAUGUUCUCCUUCGUUUGCGGCCAGCUGUUCCGCAGGGAUGAGUACUCCUCCCACUUCAAGAACGUCCACGAGGACAUCCACGCGGGCCUCAACGGCUGGAUGGAGCACCGCUGUCCCUUGGCCUACUACGGCUGCACUUACUCCCAGCGCAGGUUCUGCCCCUCAUCCCAGGGGUCAAAGGUCAUCCACGACCGGAACCUUCGGUCAUUCGGGGUGCAGCCCAGCCCCGUUGGGGGGGAACCGUUGGGCGAGUCCCAAUCAGACCAGUUCAGUGGGCUUCCCUUUGAGGUGCUGCAGCAUGUGGCCCGCUUUCUAGACGGCUUCAGCCUGUGCCAGCUGUCCAUGGUGUCGCAGACCAUGAGGGACGUGUGUGCUAGCCUUCUGCAGUCCCGGGGGAUAGUGGAACUACGGUGGGCGAGGAGGCAGUACCCAAACGGCACCUUCUCAUGGCAGAUCAAAGACAGGGUAAAUAACUCACAUUUGUUGGCUGAAACUUUGCCACCAGGUAUAAGAUGUGCAAAAGUUUGCCUUUUGGACCGCGGGUAUUAUAGUUUAUAGCCAUAUUUACAAUCCCCAUCUGAGGAUUUACAUUUUCGGUCUAGGAUUUUAGAGUGCCUCUGCCACCACAUAGGGCCUUCUUAUUUCAGCACUGACAUGUACAAUAGCACUGAUGUUAAAUCCCUUACCCUAUAUCCCAUUUAAAUGAUCGCAUGUAUAGGCUAAUACUACUGGAUUGAACUCUCUUGCCGCUUAUCAAUGCUCUCUUGUUCCGUUCGGGCAGGUGUGGAGAUUCAGCACUGCCUUCAGCCCCGUUAGUGAGUGGCGGUUCGCCGAAGUCUCCAGCAUGUCCGACCACCUGAGGAAGUGCCGCUACAACACCUUCGAGCGCAAGAUGGAGGCCGUUCCACUGCCCUCCAUGUGCACAGCCAGAGACAGAUCCCUCCUCUCAGUCUUGAAACUCCAGGAGCAACACAUGACCUAA